AUGGAAAACAGAUGCAAAAACUGUGGAAUUCACAGGAAGGGAAUGCAGAAGUGUGGACGAUGCCUCCUUGUGUACUACUGCAGCAGAGAGUGUCAGAAAAGGGACUGGAUAACGAACCACAAAUCAAAGUGUAAUGAGCUGAAGAAUGCCGGAGAGACAGUGAUAAGUGAUGAAGAAAGUGAUUCCGCUUUUGAUGACCUUAGUAAACAGUCAUUGAGCGAUUCGACUGACCAUGCUUCGAAUGCAUUAUGUGCGUUUUGUGGAACUAUAGGAAAACUCAAGAAGUGUGGACGUUGCCUGGCUGUCGAUUAUUGUUCGAAAUCAUGUCAAAGACAACACUGGCCCGACCAUAAGACCACAUGCAAAAAGAAUAAGGACAUAGUUGACGUGAUAAAGACCGAUGGAUUUAAAGAACAGCUGAAAAAGUCAAAAUCAGACAGAACCUCUUCUCAAGCUAUCCAAAGCUCUAAUAGUUUUACAGCUUUUGAUAAUGGACACCACAUGAUGUUUGGACCAUCAACAAUGUUUAGAACAGAUUCUGCCGAUCUUUCUAUGCGAAAAUCAACAACAAAAGACCUAAGAAGACAAGCAAAACUUUACGUGGAGCGAAAGUUCCCCAUGCAGUACAUCAUUGAGGAUAUUGAAGAAAUACCCCAUGAGUUUCCUUUGAGUUUUGGUAAUGCAAGAGUGUCCUUCGUGGGAUUUAUUUCUAGGUAUCACCACUAUAGAGGGCGCCAUUGUGUAUACAUCCAAGAUGGAAAUAAUGCUGAAAUAUAUGUUGGAUUUUACCUUGAUUACGAUAGUCCAUAUCCAUAUUUUACCUGGGGAGAUGUGCGUCCAGGAAAGUUCAUCUGCCUUCACGAUCCCAGAAUUCAUUUCUUUCUAGACGGAUCUGUUGGAAUCCGUGUCAACGAAAGUAGCGAGGUCUUCAUUUUUGACAUCUGA